UUAACGACAUCAUAUCCUGUUCAUUUGCAUGUCCUGAGGGUGGGGUUUAUGGCAGCAGCGACAGCUUCAGAGAAACUAUAGGGUGUAUACCUCGGAACAGGCGAUUAAUGCGUUCCACAAGAUAGCAGAAGAAACUGUGGAGGACAAAGUCACCGAGAGGUGGUGCCAGCUUGACUGUGGGCGUCUUGUGUAUCUGAGGGAGGCAUUUAGAUAUGGCAGCCAAUAAGAGUAAGGGUCAGAGCUCCCUCGCCCUGCACAAGGUCAUUAUGGUAGGCAGUGGAGGUGUAGGAAAGUCUGCCCUCACCCUUCAGUUUAUGUAUGAUGAGUUUGUUGAAGAUUAUGAGCCCACAAAGGCCGACAGCUACAGGAAGAAAGUGGUGUUGGACGGAGAAGAGGUGCAGAUUGACAUUUUGGACACAGCUGGGCAGGAAGACUACGCGGCCAUCCGAGACAAUUAUUUCCGUAGCGGAGAGGGUUUCCUGUUGGUGUUCUCCAUAACAGAGCAUGAGUCUUUCACAGCCACAGCAGAAUUCAGGGAGCAGAUCCUGCGGGUUAAAGCUGAGGAGGAUAAGAUUCCACUGCUUUUGGUUGGAAAUAAGUCGGACCUUGAGGAUCGGAGGAAGGUUUCAGUGGAUGAGGCCAGAGGAAAAGCAGAAGAGUGGGGUGUGCAGUAUGUAGAGACUUCUGCCAAGACAAGAGCCAAUGUGGACAAGGUAUUUUUUGAUCUAAUGAGGGAAGUCCGUGCUAAAAAGAUGUCAGAAAAUAAGGACAAAAACGGGAAGGGAAAAAAUAAGAAGAAUAAGAAGAGCUUCAAAGAGCGAUGCUGUUUACUGUGAACUACACAUGGACUUUUCCUCACCAAAUCUACUUGCAACUCUGUGGGGAAACUACCAUCAGAGCGCUUUUUCUUUAUUAAAAUAAAAACUUGAUCCGUAAGGUUUUGUACUGGCCAAGGUAAGCCUUUAUCACAAUCUUUCAUUUGCUUAGUUAAUUUCAAAUAACUAGAUCAAGAUUGAAUGGUAUGCAUAUGUUUUAAUGGAUGAUGACCACUAUAUGGCUACUGGUUAAAGAAGACUGUGGCACUUUAGGACUUUUUAAAAUGUAGUUGGCCAACAUGCGCCCAACACUAACUUUAUAAUAUCUUUCCCCUCAGUUUUUAGUAGGCAAAGUUAUCUUUUUAUUUCUUUUAUUGCACACCUUUGAGUAUUUGUAUUAGGUUUAUUAAAAUCUAACCAUUUUCAUUUCAACACCUGUUGACGCCAUCAUGGUAUAGAGACCAAGAAGUGUUUUUGUAGAUGAAGAUGUCAUAGUAACUGGCUGUGAAUGAUGACGUUGAAAAGCACACGUGGUACAGAGGACAGAAUGCAGAUGCAUGGAUUAAUAGCGCCACCUGCUGGUUGAAAAGUCCUCAUGCCUAACUGCAAGUUACAAGUUACUAACCUCUGUGAACUGAUCUGCCUUUAUGCUUUCGUGUUUUAUUGAAAUAUUUUUGUAGGAUUUGUUACAUUUCCACCACUGUCUUAUGAGAAGAAUGUAUUCUGUGUGAAAAUGUGCCAACAAGCAUCAUGACUUUGCAGCAUUUUCAGACCGAAAAUAAGACACAUUUUAUUUUGUAUUUGUUUAGCACUCUGAUCUUGGAGCUGCAGUUUCAUCAGUAAUUUAAAACAACUCUUUUUUAUACAAAUAUCACCUAACCUAGACUGCAAUUUGUAUUGUAGUUUUCCACUGCUUUUAGAAAAAAAAUGUCAAAUAUGUUGCCAAAUAAAAACAUUUCCUCCUUUGUA